AAACCCCAGGCGGUCGCCUUUUAUCCUGGGGGGAAAGGCGACAUCGCCCCCGACUCGGGCUCCGAAACACGUCACCGGUUGCACGAGGUAGUGCGCAGCAUUGAGCCACCAGUCGUGGCACGUUCCACAUGUUCCAUGUUCCAAUGGCGUGUCACCAAAGUAAGGAUAUUUUUCUAGUGUAUAUUCACAGCACGACGUGGUGUUGCAUGCAGCAAGCAUGGUCAGACCCAAGUUCACCCCCUCCCCUGCUGCUGCACCCGACCCGAAGCGAGCCCAGAGACGCAAGCGUGCCGUCGCCAAGCGUGGCCGCCCAACACAAAUCUCAAACUCAUCACCCGAUUCUGGUACUGAGGGCUCCCUUCUUGACGAUCUGUGGUGCAGCUUGCCUUUGGAGCUGCAGUUCGAAAUCGCCAAGCAUUGGUGGGGUGAUCCUGUUGCCGUCAAGAAGCUCCUUGCCGCCGGCUUCCUGCAACACAAAUGCGGCGACAUCAUCAUCAAGGAUUUCUUCAACCACGAGUUCGAGCGCCUCUACAAGGGUGUCUACCCUGGCGAUUACAUCUACAACGACCUCCAAAACCAGAUUCCCCAUCUCAAGAGCAUCUAUGGUCUGGAGGGCCAGAUCCUGGACCGCUUCGAGAGAGACUACUUCCCGUCAUGCACCUACGCUGUGCUCUUGACCGAGAGACGCACACAGGAACUACUCACCCUCUUCAAGAACCGCCCCGCGGCACACCGUCUCAUCAAGCUCGCCCGGAAUCAAGACUCUGAGGAUGAUGACUUUUGGGGCGGAUAUUUGGAGACCUAUCCGAUCACCAUCCCAGAGGACACACCAGGCGGCCAUUAUUACUUUGUCGGCCGCCGUUACAAGUACGGUGAAGGUGUCCCGCGCGGCAUGGACGAAGCCUUGUGUCUCUUUGCCUUCGGUGCGGCCCAGCAGCAUCCAUUGUGCAUGUACGAAAUCGCCAUCCACAAGUUUGAGCGCGAGCCGGAAGAGUACUACGACGAAUUGGUCGAGCUCCUCGAUACGAUCCCGGAUAUCAUCGAGAGCCAGCAGACCAUCGACGACAUAUCCUUUCGCCAAGAACAGCAGUUCAACGACUGCAUCGCACCCGCGCUGAUGCUCCGGCUCGCCCAGUACCAUCUCAGCCAGCGCAAUGACAUCAGCGAUGUGAUCGAGUACGUCGUCCCCCUCGUGUACAACUACCUCUUUCUGCCCGCACCUGACGACGAGCCCGAACACAUCACCACCGCCCGAGAGGAAGAAACCGCCGCCUGGUUCGUCUCGAUGGGCGAGCUCUAUUACUUUUUCCUCGUCCUCUUCCGGAUCGUGGAAGACUCGUCCUUCUUCUGGUUCUUCAACACGCACCGCUUCUGCGAGGCAUACAAGGACUUUCCCGGCAUCUCCACCGAGAUGUCCCGGUUCAUCGUCAAGGACAUGAUCACCCAGACCAUCGAAGAUCGCGACAACCACCUCUUCCACUGCGCCUAUCUGGGCAACUGGCGAGACAGCGAGUUCCAGUACUGCCGCCAAUACUGGGAAAUGUUCCAAGACAACGACGAUGUCCUCUGGUUCGGCGGGGAGCUGUUCGUCUUUCAGAAUCGCCACGACCCAGCCCUGCAAAUCAUCGAGCAGGACUACAAAUCCAAUCCUGCCGGCGGCGGUGCAUUCCUCAAGGCCCUGUGCGAGCUGUACAAGGAAUACGAAUACGUAGAUGAUACCGACGACGAAUACCACCCGUGGUUCUCCUUUGCCCGCCUCGAGAGGGUCUAUGAGCUGCUCCACGAGUGCAUCGCUCUGAACCCCCAGCGCCCCAGCCUGCUCUCCGAGGGUGCCCUGCUGGUCAUGGGGUUGUGCAUGGGUCACCAGGACAGGGCCCGCGAGGCGGUCGAGUCCUUCCAGAGCGCCAUGCUGGCAUCUCCGCACCCCGAGAGGUCCAUGGCGUCGAUCUGUUUCGCCUUUUGCCUGCUCGGGGGCUUUGGCAUCACCAGGGACCCGCCAAGGGCAGCCGCCCUCAUUGCUUCGCUCGACAGGGACUUUUUGGCGGCAAUGACCAAUCUGGACCUCAAGCUGUGGUGUCAUUGGCUCGGAAAGGAGGAAGACCCUGACUUUGCUCUGCAGCUCCAAUGGCUGAAGGAGCACCGCGAUAUGCUGGUCGAUGUCAACGAGAUCCUUGAGGACGAUGUCGAUUUCGUUGUCGACAAUGGCGGAGAUAGCGACAGCGUUGGUGGAGAUAGCGACUCGACCUUUUCCCUGUCCCUGACCGAUCCCUUGCUGCAGUCGGAGGAUGACUGGGAGACGGACUCGGAUAGCAACCUGUCCGAGUAGGUGCGCUGGCAGCGACCCAAUAAAUCUCCUAUAUAAAGACCAGACACCGACCCGGUCCUU